UGCAUUGAAAAAUGUUUUCUUUCCUCUACAGGUGCAAUUAGAACGUUUCAAGGCAAACGAAUUUGAUAAGUCCCUGAUUUGGAGUGAGGGCAAGGUGAUCGAUAAUGAAGGCUAUAGAGCUAUAAGAAUGGCUAAUGACAUUCACCUAAAUAUGGAUGCGUACCUAGGUGAUCGCCCUCAAGUCCAAGAUGGCAAUGAGAUUGGGCUUUGGGAAUGGAACUCUGGGAAUAACCAAAUAUGGAAGAUAUCACCACAUUCAGUGUCAGGGCACGAAAAACAUGGUGGUCAUAAAUUUGGUGAAGGAAGGUCCGAUUGUCAUGGUGAUGAUUGUCCCUACUCCUCAUCUCACACUCACCAUUCCAAUCAUUCUGGUCAUGCUUCCAACCUCUCAAAGGAACCUACUGUCAAAAUCUGCUGUAAAGCUGAUCCAAAAUUAAAUCUUUCGGUUAGAUUUGACAAGGUUGUUCUUGCUAAAGCCGAUCCCUAUGAUGAACACCAACACUGGUUCAAGGAUGAUAAGUUCGGGUCCAACGUGAAAGAUGAAGAGGGUUUCCCCGGCUUUGCUCUGGUUAAUAAAGCCACUGGAUUAGCCCUCAAGCAUGCUUGUGGAGCUGCUCAACCAGUGCAAUUGGCAUGUUUCAAUUCAAAUGAUUUAUCCCUAAUGUGGAGUGAAAGCAAGGUGAUUGAUAAUGAAGGCUAUAGACGUAUAAGAAUGUUUAAUAACAUUCACUUGAAUAUGGAUGUAUACCUCGGUGAUCACCCUGAUAUCCAAGAAGGCAAUAAAAUUGUGCUUUGGGAAUGGAAGAAUGGAGAUAACCAAAUAUGGAAGAUAUCAUCGCAUUGUAAGUUUUAGCAACCGAGAACUUGGAUAAACAUGAUCAUCAGUCAAAUGGUGUAGCCAAUUAAGCUCGAUUACCUUCAUUUCUUUUAUGUUUCUUCCAGUAAUCAGUGAUAUAUGCAGGAUGGUUGCAAUGUGGUGGAGUCAGUUUCGUGAUCCAAUAGCUUGAAAGGACCGAUUGCUGCUUAAUUAUCUACUUAAUAUAAAUAUAUGUUGGAAAGUACUAAAUAUCUGCUGGCUGCAUAGUUUCUGUGAAUGCCUGCAAAUUUAUUCUAUUCAAAUAUGCUUCUCUUUGUUCUUUU